CAGUAAGGAAGCAUUAUGCGACACCAUCAACCAACCAACUAACUUACAAAUACGGGUUGUUGCUUGAUGAUAUCAGCACGUCAUGAUCUGACCAAUUAUAGAAUUGCCGAUUAAAUUGAAAGUAAUUUCCAUGAGGCUCUUCUACGUUGGGUCGGUCGUACUAAGAAAAAGUGACCCCGUCUCAAAUAUUGGGGAGCUAGGAACCGUCCUACCCCAAUAUACGCUUCUCUGUUUCCGAAUUGCACCUAAUACCCAAGUGAUCUAAUACUAGACUUUCAAGUUCAAUACUAAAAUAUCAAUGCCUUGAAAGACGUAACCUUACAUGAAGAAAUAUGGACUGGCCCAAUGUCGAAGAAUGUUUUGAUGAUAAUGAUUUUGGAAAUUUCAAGUACAACCAAAGCCGGUUCAAGAUCAUCAGGAAACUUCAAUCCGAUAAGGAACUGAUAUGCUGGGAUAUUCAAUCCGCUGAGGACCUGAGGGAAUGGAUCGAGAAGAAUCAGUUCUUGAUUGAUCGUGUUUGCGAGCAUGGAAUAUUUGCCAUCAUCUUCAAUCGGAGCAGCAGUUUAGACUAUUCGUCUCCAUCAUAUCUUCCGGUUUCUAAGCAUGGAUUCAGCCAGCUCAUCGAGAUAUUCCGAAUACACCGUUCAAUAGUUCGAACUAUCCGUCGGGAAAUUACGUACUUUUCCCGUUUAUAUAUUCGUAAAGGGAUACCUGGAAGUAACAGCAUCGUAUAUACUGCGAGAACGAGUUCAGCAUGGCCAGAUGAUAUUGCCCUAUCUUCGACAUACUUGAGUCACAGGAAACUUAGCUUAUCAGUCUUCUACGGAUGUAAUGAUAAGCAAUCGUCUAACAUUGAGAGACGUCUGGCAGAGGCUGGAGACGCCGUAUACCAUCCAAUGCUGACUCCUGGUAUACUGAUCGAACUCGACCGUAAACGUCUUGUAGAAGAAGUGGAGUCAGUUCUGGAUCCGUUCGUAUUGAGCACAGAAGCACUCUGCUGUACAUCUAGGGACCUUGAAAGUAUCUUAAACAGAGACGGGGAAAACACGGAUGAGCUAUUAAAUCUAUACACAAACACUAGCGAAUUGGCAAAGGGGAUUCGAAAGGUAAAACGGCAGAUCUCAGACAUGUGCAAGCACACUCAUGAACUUGAGGCCAUAUUUGUGACUCCAAGAAGAAAGUGGAAAUCCCGUAGAAAAUCAGGCCCUGGAAAUAAAGACAGAGUCCAAUAUGAUGCAUCUUCGAUGUCUUCAAACAUUGAGACCCGGGUUCGCGAGCGCUUAUCGGAGAUCAAGUCUGAGUAUGAUGAGAAGCUUGACGAAUGUCAGAUGGUUCUCAAUGGGUUGAACUUUACGACGCAGAUGGCAUCGGGUCAUGUCGCAAGACAUCAAACCUUUACUAACACGCGCAUAUCUAUCGAAACAAAGCGAGAUAACGCACAGAUGCGUUCAAUUGCUCUAAUGACUAUGAUAUAUCUCCCAUUGACGUCGGUUGCUUCUAUUUUCUCAAUGGGCGUCUUCAACUGGGAGGCUACCGAGGGACAAUCCGUGCUGACGUUUUACUUCUGGGUAUACAUAGCUAUUGGAGGUGGCCUUACUAUCCUAACUCUUGGGCUAUGGUGGGGGCGAACUCGGGGUGGUUCACAUACGAAGGAACAUCGUGAAGCAACCGAGGUGGCGAAAAUAGCUUGAACAUGCCUUAUUUAAGUUGUGAAGGAUGUCGUUCAGAUCAUGUCUCCUUGACCUAGGCAGUCUAACAUUGGGUAACCCCUAUUGAAAUCCAGUACUAAGGAUCGUAGGCUUGAAAAGGGGGCGGGGCUUGGAUCCAUUCUACGUUAAACCGUGCGUGGCACGAGUAUCUACCUCCUAUGUAUGUACGAUAAUAAUCCGUUUAAUCCAAUUCAAAGUGGCCCGUGCGCAUCGUAAA